AUGGCGUCGAGAAGGGCGAGAGCAGGCGCGCCGGUCGCCCACAACCUUUGCGGCGGCUACAAGCUGCUCCGCUCCGCGGCUCUAGGCGACGGGAAUCCCAGUUCCUGGCCCUCCGCCUCUCCCUGGACCUCCGCCGGAGGGCUCAUCUUGCUUACAGGUCCCAGGCAUGCACCCGCGGCUCUGGGCGACGAAAAUCCCAGUUCUUGGACCUCCGCCGGAGGGCCCACCCUACCUACAGGCCCCAGGCAUGCACCCGCGAUGACAAGACGACCGCCUGUCCCGACAACCUCUUACGCCGCUCGACCGCCUCCGCACCGCGGGCCCGACACGGCAACCCCGACAUCGUUGAGCGGGGACCCUGAUCAAAUUACGAGUCCAUUUCAUACGCUAUCUUCCGCAGAGCUUGAACACCAUAUUCGGCGGGCAGCCAGCGCUCGAUAGGCGCGCGCGACGGGGCUCCCAAUGGCGGCGGCA